AUGGCACGUCCAAUCAAGGUUGUCGUCGUCGACACCGACGGCGAUCUGAUCCUCGAUGUCGGUAAAGAGGUCAACCUGAAGACGGAGGAUAAAGAUGCCGGCACUUUGCCGACAAGCGCGACACCUGUACGCGUGUCCAGUAAGAUCUUGACACUCUCGUCUCCCGUUUUCAAGGCCAUGUUCACUGGCAAAUUUCGCGAAGGAUACCUUGCUCUAAGCCAGACCAACCCGCCCGUGGUGGAGCUACCUGAGGACGAGGUUCUUGCCAUGCUACGAUUAUGUCGAAUUCUUCACCAUAAAGAAUCACCACUCGUACAGGUUUCGUUCGCCAGCAUGCACAGAGUCGCUAUCGCGAGCGACAAAUAUCAAUGUGGCAGCGCAGUGGUACCGUGGUUUCACCGACAUCUGCAACUCAAGUCAAGGUACAUCGGCCAGACAGACCUGGCCCACGCGGUCAACACUGCAUAUCUGCUUGAUGAUAAGGAGGCAUUCUACAAGUUCUCGCAGUGCGCAACGAUGUACCUUUCGGAAGCUAUCAAGAACAGUCCCUUCGCGAAAGAUUUUUCUCCGUCUCUACAUGACAGACUGAUCGAAUCGCUCUCCUCUCUGCGCAGCACAAAGAUGCAUGAUCUGAACAUGAAUAGCCAAUGGUCCAUCCAGGAACUUUUCGCAGUAUACGACGAUAGGCUCCGGGGAGCUCGUGCCAGGAUAAAAGACAUGAGUGGAGAUCUAAUAUGUCUUCCCGAAGUCUGCAAGGGUGAGGCCACCAGAGUUGGGAACUUCAUUUCGUCGCUCUGUAUUGUAGGACUUUGGCCGAACGAGGCCGCCAGGGAACCCAAGAUGUCCCUACAUGAUGCCGUGUGCCUCAUCCGGCGAGUGGCCUACACGCUGUGGUCCAAUGGAAGGCACGGAUGA